UUAGUUCCCUAAAUCAUUCCACUUUUCCUCGUUGAUAGAGUCACAAUUAUUAUUUAUAAGAACUAUUUCUCACAACUUCAAAGCACUAUCUUCUUCUUCUUCUUCUUCUUCUUCACUUCUUCUGCAAUUAUUUUGGAGUUGGGAAGUUGAAAAUGGAGAAUUCAGAGGUAGCUGAGAAGGGUGAAAGGCGUAAAGGAGGCCUCAUCACCAUGCCUUUUAUCAUAGCAAAUGAAGCAUUUGAGAAGAUUGCAGCAUAUGGUCUCAUGCCAAACAUGAUUCUAUAUUUGGUUGGAUCGUAUCAUUUCAGCGUGGCCGGAGGAACAAACGCUUUGUUUAUAUGGAACGCCACCUCCAACUUCAUGCCGGUGGUCGGAGCUUUUCUCUCCGACUCCUAUUUCGGCCGAUUCCUCGUGAUUUCUGUUGGGACGGUCAUUGUUCUCUUGGGUCUAAUAGUACUAUGGCUAACCGCCAUAAUCCACUCGGCCCGGCCUCCCCCAUGCGACCUCCGCCUCGGGAACUGCGCGAAGCCGGACGCGGGCCAAUACGCCUUCCUCUUCGCGGCCUUCGCCCUCCUAUCCCUCGGGGCGGGCGGGGUGAGGCCUUGCUCGCUGGCCUUCGGGGCCGACCAGUACGACGACCCCGGAAACCCCAACAACCAGAAGGUCCUCCUGACCUUCUUCAACUGGUACUACGCCUCGGUCGGGGUCUCCCUCAUGGUCGCCCUCACUGUCGUCGUCUACAUCCAGAACGAGUUCGGCUGGGUCAUCGGGUUCGGGGUCCCCGUCGGCCUCAUGCUCUUCGCCUGCGUCAUGUUCUUCUUGGGCUCCAGGCUCUAUGUCAAGGUCAGGCCCGACAAGAGCCUGUUGACGGGCCUGGCCCAAGUGGUGGCGGCCGCGUGGAGGAAGCGCCGCCACCGCGGUGGGGAGGAGUGUAAGUAUUACCACUUGAAGGGGUCGAAGCUUGUUGAGCCGUCGCUAAGGCUCAGUUUCUUUAACAAAGCCUGCGUCAUAAUCAACUCUGAGAAAGAGGUGAACCCAGACGGCUCGCCAUCGGAUCCAUGGAGGCUCUGCACCGUGAUGCAGGUGGAGGUGCUGAAAUCACUCAUCGACUUGGUCCCGGUGUGGUCGGCCGGGAUCAUGAUCGCAGUGCUCAUAAACCAGCACUCCUUCCCUGUGAUCCAAGCCUUCACGCUCGACCGAACCCUAGCUGGAAACUUCAAGAUUCCCCCGGGCUCGUUCGGCAUCUUCGCCGUCAUCGCCCUCACUUUGUGGGUCGUCCUCUACGACCGGGCCAUCGUCCCUCGUCUCUCCAAAUACACGAAAAACCCUCGUGGCAUUGGCGUCAGGGCCCGCAUUGGGCUUGGUCUCUUCAUCUCGUGCCUCGCCACCGCCACUGCUGCCCUGGUCGAGCGGAAGCGGAGGGCCGCAGCCCUCCGCCAGGGACUCCAAAAUAACCCUAAAGAACAGGUGGACAUGACCGCAAUGUGGCUAGUGCCACAGCAUGCAUUGACUGGAUUGUCGGAGGCCCUUAACGCCAUAGGGCAAAUCGAGCUCUAUUACUCGCAGUUCCCAAAGAGCAUGGGGAGCAUUGCGGUGGCACUCUUCACGCUAGGCCUGGCCGUGGGGAAUUUGGCCGGGAGUGUGAUAGUGAGCGUAGUGGAUUCCGUUUCUCGAAGAGGCGGCCGUGAAAGCUGGGUUGCGGAUAACGUCAACAAAGGGCACUAUGACUAUUACUAUUGGGUCCUCACCAUCUUAAGCGUCGUCAAUUUGAUGUAUUUCAUCCUCUGCAGCCGAUUCUAUAAGUGCUUCGAGAAGGAGAAAGUUUGGGAUUCAAAUGUGAUACAUGAUGAUGACGACGAGGCCAAACCCAAAGACGACUUGUCUACAUAUUUCUCUACUUAGAGAUUAUUUAUGGCCUAAACCUUUUUUAUUUUCUACUAGUUACUACUAAGGGUGAUUAUAUAGGGACCAGGGAACAAGUCCUAUACAGUAUAAGUGGUGACAAUAUAGGUUAGAUUGUGAAAUUUCGAAUGAUAUCCUGAUCUUUUCCACA